GGGCGGGCACCGCUGGGAAGAGACAGAGGGCAGGGAUGAGGCCAGCAGGGCUGGGCUGAGUGCUGCCACGUGCCGCUGUGCCGGAUGCAUCCACGCCGGCAUCUGUGGGAAAGCCCCAGGGAGGGCCUGGCCCCUGCGGGCACCCAACAGGUCCUGGGUGCUGCGGUGGGUGCCUGACUCAUCCCGGAAGGGAUUAGGGACACGGGGACAUGGGUGAUGUUCCGGUCCAACCAGCCCGUCCGCCCCGGGAUGGACAUUGGCGUCACAGGUCCCUGCUGCCCGCUGCCACUCACAAGGAAAGUGGACCCACCAUGGGACCCGCUGCCCCUGUUGGCCACGCUCCAAGGCCCUGCAGAUGUUCUGGUGCCAGUGGGAGUCUCCCAACCCGUGUCCACCUGCUGAGCGGUGCAACCCUGGGGAUGUGGCUGUGCCUCCUGCUCCUGAUGGCUGCUUGCGUGCCCACCUCCACCUCCAGCCCUGGUAUCAAGGGCCGGGUGACCCGGAGUGCUCUGGAAUAUGGCCGGAGCUUUGGGCUGGAUCUGCUCCGCUCGCUGCUGCAGAAGGAGCACAAUGUGAACCUACAGGGCUCCUACCAGACCCCAUUCCUGGGGAGACUCAACUACACCGUGCCUCAGAUCCACAUCCACGAGCUGCAGAUAAACGACUCCACCGUGGACUUUGCUGAGGAUGUGGGUGUGCAGCUGACAGUGCAGCGUGCCCGGAUCCAGCUCAGUGCCACCUGGCGAGCACAGCUGGGUGCUUGGCGGGACAGCGGCUCACUGCGGCUGCGUAUCAGGGACCUGGCGGUGGCUGUGCUGCUGGGGCUGGGUGCUGAUGAGCAGGGCCAGCCUUCUAUGUGGGCUGCUGGCUGUGAUGCCCGCGGCACCGACCUGCGUCUGGAGUUCCACCAGGGACAGAGCUGGCUGUACAACCUCCUGGUGCCGCUGCUCCAGAGAACCCUGAGGCAGCAGCUCAACAAGCAGCUCUGUGUCGAGAUCCAGAAGGGCAUUGGCAGGCUGCAGGACAGCCUGAAGAACGUGCGAGUGUCUGCUCAGCUCGACCCCUUUGCUGCCAUUGACCUCUCGUUGCUGGGACAGCCAGCGAUCACAAAGCAGCACGGGGACGUUGACCUCAAGGGAGAGUUCUUUGGGGUACGCGGGCGGUGGCAGAGCCCUUUCUCAGCACAGCCUGUGGAGCUGCCUGAGCUGCAGGAGCCCAUGCUGCUGGUGGCUGUCACCGAGUUCGUCGCCAACACUGCAGCCUUUGUGUAUUUCACAGCCGGAGCUCUGCGCAGGAACAUCACUGCUGAGAUGCUCCCACGGCGCUUCCCCCUGAAGCUGAACACAGAGAGCAUGGGGAGCUUCGCCCCGCAGCUGCAGCAGCACUUCCCCAGCCGCCCUAUGGAGCUGCACCUCUGGGCCCGCCGGCAGCCCCUGCUCUCCUGCCAUCCCAACGCCCUGCAUGGGGCUCUCUUCGGCUCUGCUGAGGCCUUCGUGGUGCUGCCCAAUGCCACCCGAGUCCCUGCUUUUCUGCUGAACAUUGAUGUCAAUGUGACAGGGAAGCCAACCAUUGCUGGGAACAGGCUGGGGGGCACAGUGGGGCUGAAGAGCCUCAGCGUGGUGCAGGUGAUGUCGUACGUGGGCCCACUGCAGGUGGAGAAGCUGGAGAACAUGCUGAAGUUUGGGCUGUGGCUGUUUGGGGUGCCCUGGGCCAACAAGCGGCUCCGUCCCGGCAUCCCGCUGCCCACCCCUCAUGGCAUCACCCUGCUGCACCCACGCCUGUCAUUGCACAAGGGCUUCAUGCUCAUCGCCACAGACCUGCACUACAAGCCUUGAGACCUACAUCUGCGUGAGAAGACGCUGGCACUGCACGCUGUAUUGCAUCCCCAUCCCUCUCCCCAUCCCAUUGGCAUCUCAUGCCCUCACAGCCUCGGCUGAGCAGUGGGUCCUAUACCCCAUCGGCUGGGAUUAAAGCUGGCAGUGUGGCUCAGCCUGGCUGUGUGUGCCUCGUCCCGCUGCCAGCCCCGCACGGAGCCGUCACCACCGCAUUACCGCGUGGUGCUCCGAGGGGACGGCGGCACCCGCUCGUGCGGAUGGGCCUUCGUGCCUCCCGGUGCCUUCGGCGCCCCCCCCC